GUCGAUUGCCAGAGCUCGAGCAAGGGCUUGUUCCUCGGACUGCUGUGCCUGGUCGGUGGGAUCGUGGUGCUCAUCAUCUUCUACGUGAUGAAGGAGCAUGUGGACGACAAAGAGCAGUUGUACAUGAUGUACGGCGUGACUCAGGUGACGAUCGUGGCACUGGGCGCCGUGGCGGCCUUUUUGGGUCUCUUCCAGCUGCCGAGACUCGCCUUGUCCGGCAAGAAACCCAUGGACUUGGACCGCCUUCUCGCGUCGACAGUCGUCAUCGGUGUCUACGUUUUCGCCAUUUUCGGUGUCAUCGUCGGGCUGAGCAACAUCGACGACUUGUCGCAUUCCUUGCUCGUCGGUCUGCAGGGAGCUCAAAUUCUCCAGGUGUCGCUGCAAAGCCUAGUGAUAACAGACGCAGCCCGACGCUUCUGUUCCACUCGUCACCAAAUGCUGACGAAACCCGGUCGCCAGGUGAUCACGUUCCUAGUGUUCGCCAAUGCGACCCUCUGGCUCAUGGACACAUUCAUGGCCCACGAUGCCGUGACCCAGGGCCUGCAGGCCCGUUUCUUCGGCCACCUGACCUGGGGCGUCUUGUCUCGGCGCGGAAGUGACGCGACAGAGACUGUGAAUGCUGAUGACGAUUCCUUGUCGACGUCGACUUCGACAUCGUCGUCGUCAGUGGGAAUCGUGGCGAAUCCGUUGUUUGUCGACGAAGACCUGGAUUCUGCCGACUGGAACGGAAGGAUCCAGUUGUGGAGAAGACCGGUGAGUCGGCGACGACUCGUCGAAAGCGUCGCGUCGACAUCGUCGGACGCGGAAUUGUCGACAUCAACGAGGACGAGACGACGCGGCGACGGUGCCGGGCUCGUCGACGACGGUUGGUUCUUGUUGGAGAAUGUACAUAGCUGUUGUGUCGUCGACGGAGUGUCGUCGGCGUCGUCGUCAGCAAAAUCGGCAUCGUCGAGGCCCAGGUCUGUCGCUGUCUCUGCUUUGCCGUCGACGAGGACGAGCGUCGGUGUCGCUGCUGCUUCCAGCUCAUCCACUGACGGCGACAAGCCAUUUAAAAAGUUACCCUGGCAUGCCAAUCUUCAUCUGCUGAGGACGAAAUGA